AAACCCGGCCAGUGGGAGUGAGCUAGCUCCAUCACUUCCCACCGAUCCAUAUAUCUUUGCAAACCUAGCUUCUAGCUGCUUCUAACUUUGCUGCGCAUCCGAUCGAGCAGCGGUUGCAAUGGCGGCACCAAAUAUAUGCGUAGGUCUUGCCGGUCCUGUUGGCGUUGGGAAAUCGGCGCUUUUGAAGGCUCUCCUCGACAACGAGUUUGACCUGGAAAGUGAUGCACAACGACGCCCAACCAAGGAUUUGGAGUUUGAGCACGCCAAUAUCUUUAAGUGUAGCUCCGCAACUACGAGUGCAUCAUGCUACAGGUCGAGCGGCCACCUGGCGGACAUGGAACACAUUGGCUGCGACACGCCUGGGCAUCUGGAGAAGCGCUUCAGCCUUUCGGGACGUGCCGCCUUCGUAGACUGCCCGGGUGACCUUUUCUUUGUUUCCACGAUCCUUAAGGGCAUCAUGAUGGCAGAUGGGAUGCUGAUUCUUUCACAGCCAACAAAUGGCUUUGAGGGUUCCCCUCGUAGAGGCGUUGGCAGGUGCCCAUUUGAUGGGAAAGAGUAUCAUGAUAGUUCAAAUCAUCAAGAGCACUGCAGAUAAGAAGACGCUUAAAGCACACGUGAAAGAGAUCCACAGGUGUAUGAAACAUCUUAAGAUUUCUCCGGCGGAUGUACCCAUAGUGGAGGUUCAUACAGCAUCUGCACUGAAGGGCAUCGGAGCCGUGUGCAGAAGGCUGAUAGACAUGAUGCUUCAACCACGUGGAGUGCUAGCUGCUUCGUCCUCCUCCUCUCAGGCUCCGGCGGCGGCGCCGUUUAUGCUCAUCGCGCGCAGUCGUGUGGUCGAUCCGGUGGGGGAGGAGGAGGUCGCCGCAGUGGCGGACGCAGCGACUGCCGGUGACGCAAUAACGUUUGCCACAAUAAUCGGACGUGUGGUGCAGGGGAUUGUGUCAGCAGGAGAUGAAGUUGAGGUCCGGCCGGGGAUCAUGAUGAAGGGCGACGACGGGAACAACGUAGUGUGCUACCCUAUAAAGCUCAAGGUUGUGUCGGUGUUGGCGGUUCGGCAGAACUCAGAGGAUGAGGAAGAAGACGACGACGACGACGAGAAGAAGAAGAAGAAAAAGGGGUCGGGCUGGUGGCGUUGCGAGCAAGUGCCACGAUUGCCAACAGGAGGCAGUAUCGGCUUGAAACUGUCCUCGGAGGAGGAGAUGGAGGCACGGGGGGCCACGUGCUUGGCCAUCCAGGCAGCUUACCAGAUGUAUACGACGCGCUCAAGAUGGAUGUCCUUCUCAUUCCCAGAAUGUGUGACCCCUACACCGAACAAGUUUACGAUCCACUGCCGCCGGUGGAGGCCGGUGAGCGGCUGCUGCUCAUCAUCGGCACCAUGUCAACCUAUGGCUCGGUGAGAGAGGUAAAGGCCGGGCGCAAGAAGAGCACGACCACCAUCGUGGUGACAGGUCUCUCGCCGCCCACCUGCGCCCGCUACCGCGAGAGCAUCUCCAUCUGUCGCCCCUUCAUGCUGUCCUGGCAUCUGGUUGGUAGCGGGACGAUCCUGGGCGGGAAUAAAAUUGCCCAGAUGGCUCUACUGUAGCUUGGUACUCUAGCAGCUAGCAGCAGCAACCGCAGGUGGUACCCCCGGCCAGUCGGCACCGCUACUAUCUGGACUACUAAAUAUUCUAUUUAUGUUAAACUUCGUUAUUACUGCUAGUAUGCAGUUAACUAGUACCACGUGUCACGUGUUUAUUUAAUUUGUAGUACCUUAAUUUGAUCGAAGAACCAGUGUGCAAGUGUUAGCUAGCACUAGU